AUGCAGGCACAAACCCUAGGUGAUUACCUGAAUCUUAGAAUCUAUUUUGCUGGCUCAAUCGCCAAUGCCAUAUUGGUGUUGUUUGAUGUUGGCAAUUGUUACAUUUAUUUGUUGGCAAUGAGUGAUGCACAGACAGCUGGAUUAUUUUGGUUUGGCCUCGUCUAUGUUGAGAUAUUGGAGAUUGAUGUGAUGCCCUCUUCACCUACCUAUCUUCAUGCAGUGCUGAAUGGGCUCCUCUGGUUCUUAUCUCCUUCUGUUUUAGUUGUGUCAUAUGCAAACAGUUCCUGCUUCAUUUGUUACACCUUACUGAAUAACAAAAGAAAAAUGGAGCAUGUUUUGGAAAAAAGAUUCCCUCUUAAUGCAGAAGAUUACAAGUUAUAUGAAGAAGUUGGUGAAGGCGUUAGUGCCUCUGUAUACAGGGCUCUCUGUGUUCCACUCAAUGAGAUAGUUGCCAUCAAGGUUCUCGAUCUAGAGAAGUGCAAUAAUGAUUUGGAUGGAAUUCGAAGAGAGGUUCAGACCAUGAGCUUGAUUGAUCAUCCAAAUGUUUUACAGGCACAUUGCUCUUUUACUACCGGACACAAUCUAUGGGUUGUAAUGCCAUACAUGGCAGGGGGGUCUUGCCUUCAUAUAAUGAAAUCUGCCUAUCCGGAGGGUUUUGAAGAACCUGUUAUUGCUACUUUAUUGCAUGAAGUUCUCAAAGCUCUUGUCUAUCUUCAUGCCCAUGGUCACAUACAUAGAGAUGUUAAGGCUGGGAAUAUUCUACUUGAUUCUAAUGGUGCUGUCAAACUAGCUGACUUUGGAGUGUCAGCAUGUAUGUUUGAUACUGGAGAUAGGCAACGUUCAAGAAACACUUUUGUAGGAACACCAUGCUGGAUGGCUCCUGAAGUCAUGCAGCAAUUACAUGGAUAUGAUUUUAAAGCAGAUAUAUGGUCAUUUGGUAUCACAGCACUCGAACUUGCUCAUGGUCAUGCCCCGUUUUCAAAGUAUCCACCUAUGAAAGUUUUGCUUAUGACUUUACAAAAUGCCCCUCCAGGUCUUGAUUAUGAAAGAGACAAGAGAUUUUCAAAGGCUUUCAAGGAGUUGGUUGCCACCUGCUUAGUUAAAGAUCCAAAAAAACGUCCAAGUUCAGAAAAGCUUUUAAAGCAUCACUUCUUUAAACAUGCACGUGCCAGCAAAUAUCUAGCUCGCACCAUUCUAGAUGGCCUUGCUCCUUUAGGAGAUCGUUUUAGAACACUGAAGGCUAAAGAAGCAGAUUUAUUGGUGCAGAACAAGGCUCUUUAUGAGGAUAAGGAUCAAUUAUCUCAGAAAGAAUAUAUUCGAGGAAUUAGUGCCUGGAAUUUUAACCUGGAGGAUUUAAAAAGUCAAGCUGCUCUUAUUCAAGAUGAUGACAUACCUAAUGCAGAAGUGCCACAAAAGGAUAAGAAGCAAGAGGACAGAUCAGAUGACUUCAGGGUUCCUGCAGAGGGUUUAUCAUCUGUAACAGCUAAUCAUUCAGAUGAAGCACCCAGGCAGAACAAGGAGGAUGCAUUCAACAACCUUCAGGAUUUGGAGGGUUCACUUGCUUCAUUUCCUAGUAAACCUCUUCAAGCACUUAAAGGAUGUUUUGAUAUGUGUGAGGAUGACGUUAAUAACAACAGUCCAAGAGAUCUGGAUCACGAUUAUGGAAAUGAAUGUUCUGGGCAAAGUUCUUCAUUGCAACAAAAUGCUAUCACUCAGCAAAAAAAGUUUUCGAGUGGCUCUUUGCUACCUGAUAAUUUUCUUUAUCCAAAAAAGGUUGUCACUGAUGGGGACAGGGAUUAUCUACAAACAAAGUAUUCUUCGGAGAGGAAUCACAGUGGUCCAUUGCAAUAUCGACAGAAGAGGGAUACCAGCAAUCUUCCAUUGGUUGAUGACACAUCAGAUGGAGCAUUUGUCCAGCGUAGGGGACGGUUUAAGGUCACAUCAGCAGAUCUCAGUCCAAUGGGUCCUUCGAACAAUGCUUCUGGCCCAGUUGUUAGUCCUACCAGUCCACCAAAUCAAAAUCUCAUGGCUGUGGCUAUUCUUCCAUCGCUGCAGUGCAUCUUGCAGCAGAAUGGUUUGCAGAGGGAAGAGAUUAUAAAAUUAAUAAAGUAUGCAGAGCAAUCUUCUGGUAAGAAUGCAGAAUCAGUGGAGGCAGGGACAGUUGAUAGUUUGCAGGUACCUGCUACAAAUAGGGAGCGAGAGCUGCAUUUUCAGGUUAUUCAACUACAACACAGCAUUGGAAGCCUUGCUGAGGAAUUACAAAGACAAAAGCUGAAAAAUGUUCAGUUAGAGAAACAAUUGAGCAGUAUGAUUAACAAAGUGGAGAAGUGA